UUCUAAGAUAUUUUUUUUAAAUAACUAUUUAUUGGAAUCUGAGUUAAAAUUAAAUUAUUAGGAUAUUUGGUUGUUACCAUGAGGACAUCAUUUGCUUCCGCAAUUCUGAGAUUUUUGUGUAGGGAAAAUUCUAAACCUACUUGUAUUGUGUAAUGGGGAAAAGGAACUUAUAUAUUAACUUACUAACUAAUACAGAGAGCGAAUCGAUUCAAUUGAAGAUUGCAUCGAUUUUUGACGAAAAUUGCUUAUAAUAUUAUGUGACAUUACAUCUAAUGGCUCUAUAUUUGUGAGUCUGUGUAACUCAUUUGUACUAAACCAGGGAGGACGUUUCAAAAUCAUUUUCAGAAUUUUAUUCUGAAUCCUUUGAAGCUUUUUCUUCCUGGUGGAACAACAACUUGACCAAAUUGGUACUGCAUAAAGCAUGGCUGGUCUGAAAAUUUGUUUAUAAAUUAACAAUUUGUUUUUUAGACAGAGCUUAGAAUUUCUGUUUAUAAGAGGAUAUAAACAUUUAACAUAUUUAUUACACUUUGCCUGGAUUCCUUCAAUGUGAUCCUUGAAGGUGAGUUUUUUGUCAUACGUUAAACCAAAGACAUCAUAUUAACAAGAUAUCCAGCUCUCACAAUUUCCGAACAAAUCAUUGGCAACAUCAUUUUUACGAGCAUGUCGCCCCCAAGCGAGUCCGCAUCGAAUCUCAUACAUAGAAGCAGGGGAGAAAAAUGUCAAAUUCGUGCGCGCCAAAAUAGCAGGGCUGCGCACCCAUACAAUUGACAGGAUAUGUUGAAUGUGAUGCCGUGCGAUGGCGUUGCUGAACUGAAGAUUGAUUUCGCUCCAAGCUGACAGAGUCUGGUUAAUCCUAAGUAUUUAGCUUGAUCAGACCAUGUCAAUUCCAAACCAUUCAAUUUGAGAAUGUGAUUAUUGUUUGGUUUGAGAAAAGAAGCUCUUGGCUAAUGAGGAAAGAUAAUUAAUUGAGUUUUUGCCGCAUUUGGUUUAAUUUUCCAUUUGGACAGAUAAUCACUGAAAAUAUUUAAACUUCUUUGUUGGCGACUGCAGAUCACUCUUAGAUUUCUACCUGUGGCCAACAGACUUGUGUCGUCACAGAAUAGCGGUUUCUUACAACCAACGGGUAGAUUUGGAAGAUCAGAAGUGAAAAUAUUAUACAAGAUUGGAGCUACGCUCGAACCCUGCGGAACACCGGCUCGUACGGGUAGCAAAUUUCGGUUCCGUGACGGUUCAGUGAAAGUGCCUUCAGUGCGCCGUCAGUGUUCUUUUUUUAUCGGAACCCUUCCGUUCCGUUUCCAUGCUGUUUCCGUUCCGACACAGCCAAUGGAAUGACAUACCGACUUCAGUGAAAAUAAAAAAAUAUCGGUGACGACGAAUUUGAGUUUGCCGGACGGACGCUACACUGACGGCGAGCUGCACUGAAACGGCACGGUGCCGGAUAGGUGUAAAUGCGCGCAUAGAAAACGAAUGAAAUAAUAUCAGUAUCCGUGCACGGUGUCGUGCCGGCACUGAACCGGACCGGAUAUGUGUGAAUAGUCCUUUAAAGUUUAAAACUGUCGAAAAUUAAACGCCUGUAUCCGGUGGUAAAUAAACAUAUCGUGUGAUAUCAAAUUUUUUGUGGUGAUAAUAUACUCAAUGUGGCUUCAAUACAUCAAUCCAAUUGGCAUAUUUUCCUUAAUUGUUUAGACAAAAGCGCAUUUAGGGGCUAUUGUUAACCUUCAAGCGCAACUAUCUGCUCCUUUUCUGUGUUUCAUCACAAAAAAGUAAUAAAAUAAAGAAAACCAAUCUUUCUUUAACAUUGCUACUAAAGCUUUGGAACAUCAUUAAGAAAUCAGAUGCCAUAUAUUAAAUCGUUUUUGACCUGCAAUACACGAUCGAAAGUAUUAUCAAUACUUUUUGUAAUGACAACAAUAUGAAUAAUAUAAUUUCGUAAGAAGUAAUGAAAUAAGUUUCCUUAGCGGCCCGUUGAGGAAACUUCAGCUGUUUUUUCAAAGAAGGACGAAUCUUACAAAAGUAAACAAAUCGAGUUUCUCUCUCCUACCAAUAAAUUCUUCAAAAUCCUACAAUUUUGCCUAAAAAAUCGGAUUCUACAAAAAUCUCAAUCUUAGUAAUACAAAGAACUAUAAAGGGCGAAACUGUCAUUCCAUUUGUUUACGAAAGUUUCGCCCUCCGUGUUCCAUGCAAACAAACAGGGCGAUACUUCAAUUCCUAAUAAGGAAGGGCGAAACUAUUUGUUUUCUUUAUUUUUGAUAGUUUCCGAACCUUUUACUACUGGAAAUAAUAAAUGAGACGAUAAAAUUACCCGAAUAUUUAUCUUAGUCACGAAAACCAACUAAUUUCACAAAAAAUGCGCAAGGGCGUAACUUCAUCAUUCACACAGAAAGCAUAAAAGUAAACAAAUCGAAAAAGGGCGAAACUCUUUUUAUGUUGAUUUAUUCAGUAGAUAUAGAAGGAAAGUGGUAAAAUUUGCAUACUUUUUAAAGAUAAACGAACAGAUCAUCGACUAAUCAAAAAUUGAUCUGAGAAUAGACGAUGAUUUCUAAAUACGAUUUGAAACCAAAGUUGAAACAUUCAUCGAUGUUUUUCUCCAUUUGCUGUCAAUGUUAGAUUCGCCGUUCUUUGGAAAACAGCUGACUUAUUUCAUUACUUCUUACGUCCUUUUAAAACUGUAUCCUCGAAGCCCGAGUCAAGCUACAGAGUCAACUGAAUUAAUUCUAUGUUGGUAUUAGUGUCAAGUUUCAACAAGCUAAAAUUUUUACCUGUUUUGGUACCUCUUCUCCCAUAAUGAUUUUAUUCCAAACAACGGCUUACUAUUUCUCCAUUAAAAUUAUCACCUCAGUGCAUCAACAAUUGAAGCGCCAGAACUCGGGACUCCCGCGAAUGGAGUCAAUUUCGCGUUUUGGCAGUAUCCCGGUGGUCGAAACUGGAAUAAAAACCGCUGGAACCGUUUACAACAGAGUUAAGACCAGCAAUGGACUGUUCAACUGGGGAUUGGAAACAGCCGAGGCUGUUACGUACGCUCUGGUCGACUCACUGCGACCAGCCGCCAAGCUGAUAGAAGGUCCACUACAUCAUCUGGACGGUCUGAUGUGUCGAAGUCUGGAUUUUGUAGAGCAGAAAGUACCAUCGAUGUACCUGCCGCCGGAGAUGAUGUAUUGGAACACCAGAGAGUACAUGUCAGAUCAUCUAGUGAAGCCGGUGUUGAGCCGGACUAAUUCUAUGAAGCGUAUUGGUCAUGCAGUGUUGGAUUCUCGCGUUUCUAACUAUGCCGCUGGUAGAUUGGACGGCGCGUUGAGCGUUUGUGACAAGUACGUGGAUAGAUUUUUGCCGGCCGAACCAGCCGAAGAUCAACCGGAUGGCGGAAAGGUAGCAGAUGACUCCAACGAAACUCACGUCAUCCAAACAAUUCACCGAGGUCAACGGAUCUCACGAAAACUGAAACGUCGCCUUACAUUUCGGACUCGACAAGAACUAAGCGCUCUAAAAAAGCAAAGCACUGAAGCCGUGCAUGUUGUAUUCUACGUAGCCGAGCUGGUGGCCACAAACCCACGACUGGCAUUACAGAAAGGCGUCGAGCUGUGGAAAUAUCUAAGUGCUGACGAACCGGAAAAUCAAGAGCGACCGGAAACCCUAGAACACCUUGUAGUACUCCUUACGCGCGAAUCAGCCCGCAAAUUGGUGCAUUUAAUUAAUUUUGCUACCACUUCGGUUACCAAAAUUCCUAGAACGGUUCGCUCACAAACCCGAGAACUACUGCAUCACUUUCUGUUUGCCACUGAUCGACUUAUCAAGGCGGUGCAUCUGGAGAAGGCCAAAAACGCUACACUUACUGAAGCAACAGGCUUAGUUCACAAAAUUCAACAUACCUAUGACGAGCUGCAAACUCAAACUAAUCUGGCUUUGGAACGUUUAGCAGUCUUUCUGUCCGGCCGGUUGGAAGCGGAAAAGAUCACAACCAGCGACAACCCGCGGCGACGAAUCCAGAAUCGAACUAACCAUAACCCAGUGCAUUCUAGCAUCAAUGGCGUUUAUUAGUGUGCAGACAGCGGAAGUGCUCCAACAACAGCUCCAGGAGGGUAUUGCCGGACCACUGGGCGAAGAUGAUGUGAGAGAGUGGAUCUGAACAAAAAGUUUCGUUGGAGCAGACUAUUUUAGCAGCAACAUGAUUUACAAUACAUACAAAUAAUCUUAGUUUAUUAUAAGACAUCUGACAAUUUAGCAUGUUUGCGAUCUGCGAUCACUUUACAUUUUUGAGCUGUAGCUCGUGAAUAAAUUACAUUAUCAAAA